AUGUUGGGCAUUUGGCCGAAAAAUAAUGAAACUAAAUGGGGGAAAUUAAUGACAAAUAUCCGCGUAAUCAUUAUACUGAAUAUAGGAUUCUGGUUCUGUAUUAUUCCGAGUGUGCAUUCUCUGCUCAAAAUAUGGGGCGAUAUAAUGUCGAUGAUCGAUAAUCUAGAAUACACCUUACCAUUAAUGAUGGCAACGAUAAAGUUUUUCAUUAUGUGGCAAAAAAAGGAAGAUAUUCUACCGCUUCUAAACAUGAUUAAGCACGAUUGGUUGAAGCAAAAAACUGUGCAAGAGAAGAAUAUUAUGAUAAAACGAGCGCGAUUCGCGUACAUACUCACGAUAUUCGGAUAUUUUAUAAUGUUCAUGACCUUCUCUUUGGGUACGACUCUUCCUGUCUUUGGUUUUUCAAUGAGAUAUCUGACGAAUAUAACGGACCCGGAUAGAUUAAUGCCGUUACAAACGUAUUACUUUUAUGAUCGAGAUAAAAGUCCGUUUUAUGAAAUAACAUACACCUUGCAAUCUAUCGGCAUAUUUAUGUUUGGUGCUGCGUACACCAGUACAGAUUGUUUUUUAAGUCUGCUGGUCUUUCACGUGUGCGGUCAGCUGGAGAAUCUCAAGGCACGCGUCAUCGACCUCGAUAAAUUUAACAAUUUCGAAAACGUUCUAUCUUACAGCGUACAGGAUCAUAUACGUCUCAUCAGGUUAUUCAUUAUGUUUAAACAUUGA